AUGUUUAUGGGGGGUGUGUUUGGUGUUGAAGAAAUUACAGUGUCAGUGAUGGAGAGAGAUUGUGUCACUCUACACACUGGUGUUAAAACAAACCAACAAGACAGAAUUCGAUGGUAUUUUAAUGACAUUCGCUUAGCACAAAUCACUGGAGAUCUCAGUAAGACCUGUACAGAUGUUCAGUGUGAUGAGAGAUUCAGAGACAGACUGAAGCUGGACAAUCAGACUGGAUCUCUGACCAUCACAAGCAUAAUGACCUCAGAUGCUGGACUCUAUAAACUGAAGAUUUUAGGCAGCCCCAGCAGUGAAAAGAUCUUCAAUCUACUUGUGAUGAGCUUUGAUUCUUCAUGUGAAAUUACAGUGUUUGUGAUGGAGGGAGAUUCAGUCACUCUACACACUGGUGUUAAAACAAAGCAACAAGACAGAAUUAGAUGGUAUUUUAAUGACAUUCGCUUAGCACAAAUCACUGGAGAUCUCAGUAAGUCCUGUACAGAUGUUCAGUGUGAUGGUAAAUUCAGAGACAGACUGAAGCUGGACAAUCAGACUGGAUCUCUGACCAUCACAAGCAUAAUGACCUCAGAUGCUGGACUCUAUAAACUGAAGAUUUUAGGCAGCCCCAGCAGUGAAAAGAUCUUCAAUGUUACUGUUCAUGGUGAGGCAUUUAACGAAUAUCAAAUAAAGACAGUGCCAGUGAAGGAGAGAGAAACAGUCACUUUAUGUACUGGUGUAGUAAAUCCAGAUGAUUUGAUGAUGUGGUGGUUUAAUGACAUUCUCAUUGCUGAAAUCAAUGGACAUCCUACUAAGAUCUGUACAGAUGUUCAGUGUAAAGAUAGUGAUGAGAGAUUCAGAGACAGACUGAAGCUGGACAAUCAGACUGGAUCGCUGACCAUCACAAACACCAGAACCACAGACACUGGACUUUAUAAACUAGAGAUAAACAGCAGCAGCUGCAGUAUUAUUAGGAACUUCCGCAUUGCUGUCUUUGGUGAGUAUGAGUUAGUCAUUCAAUGGCUCAGCAGUUAUUUCUACUGGUCUUUUCAGGCCAGUGUCAUGAUCAGUGGAUGUGAGAUGCAGUUACAAUGCAGAACUGUUCUAGAAAGUUAA